AUGCCAAGUGGUGGAGGGACUGAUGGCCAAUCGUCGGUUCUAGUUCGAAAAGGUGAUAUUGUGGUUUUCUCAACCUGGACUCGGCAUCGCCUAGGGAAAGACUUCGGAGACAAUCCGGAUAAGUUUUACCCAGAGCGAUGGGAACACCUAAGCAGUGAUAUGUCUGGCUUUAUCCCGUUCAACAAGGGUCCUCGAAUUUGCCCUGGCCGUAAGCUUUCUUCCCUUGCUCUUAUGGUUAACACACCAACUGACGGCUUUACAGAACAUUAUGCUAUGACUGUGCUCACGUACAUUGUGGCUCGUAUUUUCCAGACCUUUUCGACUGUAUCCAACUAUAGUACUAAAGAAUGGACAGAAAGGAUUAGCCUGACAUUCGAGAACGAAAAUGGGGUCCUGGUUGGGCUAAGCUGA